CCGUUCCAAGCGGGCCUUGCUUUUGUGGCGAUAACUACAAGGCGGCGACGACGGUGACGAUAUAAGUACCGAAUUGCGCCGGUGGAUUGCAGAUUGCUUAUUGGGAAACAACAUCCAUCCAUGGCAGCCCCCACGGUGUCUCUAGCCUCCGACGACCUGCCGGUCGUCGCUGCCGAGCAGCGGCGCGAACUAACGACGGCCAUGAACCUCAAUUCCGACCUUGACGUUGCCUUCGACCUCCAACUUCAAGAAGCCAUCAAUGCCUCCCUCGCCCUCCACCCCCAAGCCUCCACAUCCUCCGCUGCUCUCCCCCCACCGCUCCCGUCUUCUUCUUCUUCCGACGAUAAGUUCCCAACAUUUAUGGACCAGUUCUCUGAGGAGCUUACGAAACUAGAGCAAGAACUCAAGGACGAGAAGGUUUCAGAGAUGGAGUUCAAAAAGUUGAAGGAUGAUCUCAAUCUUAGGAUGCACGAUCUCCGGUUCGCGCAGGAGAUAAGCAGUAUGCCGGAGGAGGAGUGGGAGGAUUGGGGGGAUGAUUUCGAGCGUCCUUUUGGGGAGGGCAGUUCGAAAGGCGGGCAGAGUGAGAUUUUUAGGGUUUAUUUCAAGGGUUUGGUGGAGGCGGCGGCGCCUCCGAAGUUGAAUUCCCUGGGAGGCAUCGGUGUGGCGGUAUGUGAUUCGAGAGACGCAUUGUUAUUUGAGUUGCGGAAGCCAUUGGUGGGGUGUGGGCAGAGCCGGCAAGCUGCUGAACUGCGGGCUCUUACCGAGGCUCUUACUUGUGCAUUGGAUCUUGAGUUGAAGAGGAUUGCCUUUUAUUGCGAUUACUAUCCAGUUUAUAAAUUUGUUACUCGCCAGUGGGCUUCGAAACAGAAAAAAAUUUCAGAAUUAGUCAGGCAAGUUUGUCAACUUAAAGAAAAAUUUUCUUACUGCCAGCCAGUGCUUGUGGCUAGAAAUGACAUAAAGUAUGCAUUCAAACUGGCAAGAGAUGCAAUAGUUUCUCAGGUCAGCAAGGCCACUGCAGAGUCCAGCAGCUCCAGAGAUUCAUUUGAGAAAUGUGUAAUUUGUUUGGAGGAUACAAAUGUUAGCCAAAUCUUUGUUGUGGAUAAUUGUGACCAUCGUUAUUGCUAUUCAUGUAUGAAGCAACAUGUGGAAGUGAAGCUACUCCAUGGACUGCUACCGAAGUGCCCACAUGAAGAAUGUCAAAAUGAACUGAAAAUCGAUAGCUGCAACAAAUUCUUAACACCCAAGUUGAUAGAGAUUAUGUCUCAGCGUAUUAAGGAAGCUUCAAUUCCAGUUACUGAGAAAAUAUACUGCCCUUACCCUAAAUGUUCUGCUCUUACGUCGAAGACUGAAGCUUUAGAGCACUCAAAGAAGGUCAUAGUGGGAGCAGAAAGAUCUGGAGCUAGAAUAUGCAAAAAAUGCAAUGGACGGUUCUGUGCAAAUUGCAAAGCACCAUGGCACAACAACAUGACAUGUGCCGAUUUCAAAAAGGGUAACCAUUAUUCCCAGGUAGAAGAGGCAAAGUUGAUAAAGUUAGCAGUGACCAAUCUGUGGCGCCAAUGUUCAAAGUGCAACCAUAUGAUCGAACUUGUUGCUGGGUGCUACCACAUGACUUGCAGAUGUGGCUAUGAAUUUUGCUAUACAUGUGGAGCUGAGUGGAAAGAAAAGGGUGCAACUUGUUCGUGUGAUCUCUGGGAUGAGAACUACAUAAUGGAUGAUGAGUUUGAUGAAGAUGAUUAUGAGGAUGAUUCGGACUUGGAUUCGGAUGAUUAUGACCAUAUGAUUUGAUAUAAGCUGCAGCAGCAGCCGGUUAAGGAGACUAUGAUGGCAAAGUGUGGAUAUCAAUCAGUAACUUUUACUUCUCUGGUAUAUUCUCUCCUUGUUUUCUCCUUUAGAUAGAGAGAGAGAUAGAGCAACUUCAAACUCGGGUGCUGUCUCUGUAUUGUGUUUGCUCCUGACGCUUUUGGAAUUCUAAAUAUUCUUUUAUUGCUCUUCUCAACCAACCUAAACCAAACUUUCUGGCUCAACUAUUUGGGUUUUUUCUUUUGGUAUAUAUAUAUUUUUUAUUUCUUUUCUGGUGAAAUAAUUAUUGGAUGUGGUGAUUUGUUGAGCUUGUAAAUAUACUCAAAGCAGACAGAAUUUGAAUAAUUUUUAUUUGAGUUCAUACUA